AUGGAUUUUUCCACUUCCACCUAUUUCCUCAGGGUUUUGCCCCCCCCUACUCCUGCCCCAGGGGUGAUUUCUCAGGAUGUUGGUGUCUCCUUUGACUGUGUCCCCCCCCCAACAAGUCGAUUUGCACCCCCUUAUUUCUCGCCAGGUCUGCUGGAGCACCCGGUGCUGCCCCCCACCUUGGCCGCCCCCACCGUCACCUACAAACUCUUCCUCUCGGGCAAGAGCGGGGUGGGGAAGACCACCUUGGUGGCCACGCUGGCCGGGACCCCCGUGCCCCCCGUCCACCACGAGACCCUGGGCAUAGAGGCCACCACCGUCUACUGGCCGGCCAAGCUGCGGGCCACCGGCCGCCCCGUCAUCUUCCAGCUCCAUUUUUGGGAUUGUGGGGAUGGCGCCCUGAAAAAAUUCGAGCAUCUCCUGCCCUCUUGUAAGGAGGAAGCGGACGCCAUCCUCUUCCUCUUCUCCUUCACCGACCGCUCGUCCUUCGAGGAGCUGCCGGCCCAGAUGAGCCGGGUCGUCGGUCCCGACGAAGAAAACCUCGUUAGGGUGGUCGUCGGCACCAAAUUUGACCUGUGCACUCAGGCGGACGUGACAGAGGGGGACGUGAGGGCCUUCGAGGAGACUUGGGGGCUGCCGGUGCUGCGGGCGAGCAGCGGGCCGGGGGGGGUGAUGGUGCUGGAGGGGCUGCAGCUGCAGCUGGUGAUGGAGGUGUUGAUGGCAGUGGAGAUGGUGAUGGCCGUGGUGGUGAUGGCAAUGGAGGUGGAGAUGGAGAUGGCUGGGGUCCUUGGGGGUCGUCUCCCCCCCAAGAUUUGA